CCGCCCACUUCGAGGACGAGGCAGCCAAUGGCGGAAUUUCGACCACACGCCCUGCGCGGAGCAGACCAAUAGGAGCGCGGCUGCUUCGGCUGCUCCGUCACAGUGCGCACAUGUGACCACUGAAGGCGCUUAGUGCUAUUUAAACAUCAUCGAUUGGGUGCUGAAGUGGACAGCUCCCCCACCCGUCCCUACUUACAGAUAAACAAAAGCCGAAUCAAAACACAAUGGCUCCUUUGGCUCCCUGUUCCGGACGCUUUUGACGCCGUUCGUCUCUCUCUCUCUCUCUUUUUUUUUUUUAAAAACUCCCUUUUACAGAUCUCCAUCUUUCCCAUCCGCGCGUCAUCUCUGACCGCUGACGGACUUGUUUUCUGGCUGGAACAACAACAACAACAACAACAACAACAAAAGAGUCUCUCUCUCUCUCCACUCUCCAGAAGCUGCUGCACCCCGGCCGGAUGACACCUGUGGCUGAAUCUGGAUCUUAAUCUCAUACACACAAAAAAAAGAAAAGUGGGGUGGGUGUGUGAGGGGGAGAGAGAGAGAGGUUGGAUUGUUUCACAUCCAGUCAGCCUCCGCGCUCUGCAGGAGAGGAGCUCCGGCGCUGUCUGAUCCCGAGGCUGGGAGCGCAAAGGUAGAGCCCAAAGCCAUUUACGGACGCAUUAAUUUUCUAAGCCGCUCUCUGUGCCUGCUUGCAGACAGGAAGGAGCAUGGAUAGAGAGGAAUUUGCUCUGACUAGUGCGUUGAGGGGAUUUGCAGAGGUGGGGGUGUGCUCCUGUGGAAACUAAACUAAAGGACAGUGGCUGAGGCGCCGUCACCGACAGCUCGCCAUUUCUCUCCAGGCUUCCCUUUUUUGUUUUAUCAUUUCAUAUUUUCUUUCUCGACGGGGAGGUUGAUUAUUUUUGCCAAGCAGCCAUGGGGAAAGACGAGUGCAAAACAAUGCUGGACGCUUUGAACAAAGUGACCGCCUGCUACAGGCACCUGGUGAUCGCUCUGGGAAGCACCUCGGACUCGCAGAACCUGCGAGAGGAGCUGAAGAGGACCCGCAAAAAGGCCCAGGAGCUGGCCGUGGCCAACAGGACUAAACUGACCUCUCUGCUCAAAGACAAGAGCAUCAGCAAGGAGGACCGGGCCGAGUACGAGCGCCUAUGGGUGCUGUUCUCGAGCAGCAUGGAGCUCCUGGAGGUGGACAUGAAGAGGUCCCUGGAGAUAGGGCAGGAUUUCCCCCUCAAGGUGCCGACGAGACACCUCAUCCAGACGGGCAUGACCGGCAGCACCACCACCGUGGCGGCUCGGGCCAUGAGCGUGCAGAACAUGAAGUACGAGGCGGACAGCAACAUCGACACGGCCGACCUGCGGGACCUGCAGUCCGAGAUCUCCCAGGUGACCCAGAUGAUGGAGGAGAUGGAGAUGAAGGUGCAGGUGGCGCCGUGGGCCGUGGAGGCGAAGCAGGAGGCGGGCGCGGAGCUCAAGUCCAACAUGAGCGUGGGGAACUCCUCGGUCGGCGUCAUCUCCAUCUGCGAAGAGGAGCCCAAGGAGGAGGAAGGAGGCGGCGGCAACCGGGACGCCGGUUUCGCCUCCGUCUGCGCCGUGCUCGUCUUCUUAGUCAUCAUCACCGUCGCUGUGGUUCUGGGAUACCUGGUCGUCAACAUGUCCUGAAGUGUCUAGCCAGCAGAACCAGCACCAGCAGCACCAGCAGCAGCCCACCUCCCCGCCCCCCCGAUGGACACCCUCCUGCGCGGCCGCCCAGCCGGAGCGCGCCACGGCGGCUUCAGAGCCGGCAGAGAACUGUGGGCACGAGGGGCUGAAAAAAUUGCGGACACACGAAAGUUAUUAAUUAUUUCUCGGAUUUUGUGAAUGUAUUCGGUGGAGUUGAAGGGAGUUGCACUAGAUUAAAAAAAAAAAAAAAAUUAAAAAAAAAGUUAAGUUAAAAAAAAAAAAAGAAGUAUAAUUUAGGCCAGUGUGCGUGAGAAUGGACGUUAGCCACGUGUUUAUGAGAGGCCAAGGGGGGUGUGUGGUAUUUUUGGAAGAGUGGGGGAGAAAAA